AUGGGUGCAAGGCUUGCACUGCAAGCUUUAGCGAGAUGCGAGGCUAAGGAUCUCCAUUGGAUGCCCGAUGCCUUAGCGGAGAUCUUGACAAUUUCUGAUGAGGAAAAGAUUGGUGAUGGCGAGAAGAAUAGAGAGGAUAUCGAUCAGCUGAUCGAUUUGGGGAGGAAGAUCCCUCUUGGGAAUACUGGUGAUAGGACUCGACGGGUGUUUGAGAAGGAGUUAACGAGGCUAAGUCAGCUUGAGCCGAGCUCGCAAGAGUACGCAGUAACAAGACAGUAUCUCGACGUUGUCCUUUCAUUGCCGUGGACUUCUACUGAGGGCGUCGUCGACCUCUCUGCAGUGCGCUCGAGUUUGAGUGCCACUCACUAUGGUUUGGAGGAAGUUAAGGAGAGAGUGGUAGAGUUGUGGGCGUUGGGCAAGAUGUCUCAUCCUUCGACUAGACAGGUUAGACCGUUACUCUUAGUGGGUCCACCGGGCUGUGGGAAGACUUCAAUUGCUGGGAGUAUUGCGAAGGCCCUUGGGAGGAGGUUCGAGAUGGUGUCUCUGGGAGGGCUGUCGGAUGCUGGUGAGCUGAAGGUACACCGUCGGACUUAUAUCAGGGUGGCUGAAAGUGGGGAAUUAUACCUAUUAUUCCCGGGAAUAUUCCCAGGGAAGGGAAUUAAGGAAUUAUUUUGGGGAAUAAUACCUGCAUUUUCGGGAAUUAUGUAA